AUGCCCUCACUGUCAGACAACGUUUUGACGGUUGCCCAGUUUCCUUGCUUGAGCGAUAACUAUGGCUUUCUAAUCCACUGCGAGAGCACCGGUCAAACAGCCGCAAUUGAUACGCCCGAGGCUAGUGCCUACAAGAAUGAGCUCAAGAGACGGGGUUGGAAACUUACCCACAUCUUCAAUACUCAUCAUCAUCUUGAUCAUACGGGGGGUAAUCUAGAAUUGAAAUCAGAUGGCGUGCUAGUCUAUGGACCCUCGUCAGAGAAAAUUCCAGGAAUGGAUGUUGGUUUAAAGGGAGGAGAUGAGAUUGAAUUUGGAGGUACAAAGGCGCAUAUAAUUGAUGUUGGCGGUCACACACUUGGCCACCUCUCCUAUCAUUUUCCGAAAGAGAAUAUAGCCUUUGUAGGCGACAGUCUUUUUGCGCUAGGAUGCGGUAAAAUGUUCGAAGGGUCACCUAGUCAGUUCUGGGAGAGCUUGAAGCGCUUACGAGAGCUUCCCGACGACACUACAAUUUACUGUGCACAUGAGUAUACAUCCUCGAAUGCCAAGUUUGCUUUAGCUAUCGAACCAGGGAACUCUGCACUCGUGUCUCGGGCAGAGGAGAUCAAAGCUACUAGAGAGAGAGGUGAACCAACAGUCCCCAGUAACCUUGGGGUAGAAAAACAAACAAAUCCUUUCUUGCGCUGCGAUAUGAGUGCGGAAAUACGGCAGAAUAUAGGCGUCAAAAUCAGUGAUUCCGAUGCUGAUGUUUUCGGAAGAAUUCGCAAGGCGAAGGACAAAUUUCGAGGAUAA